AACGCUAACUUGACUUACUUAUUUAUAUAUGUAGUUUAUCUAUAAACAAGCAAUUAAUGAAUAAAAUUGUAAUUUAAAAAGUUUACAGCGAUUUUCAAUAUCAUGUUACUUUGUAUAACAAUUGCUUUAAUUUGUUUUCUGCUAGCAUUUGCUAGAGCAAUUGUGAAAGCGUUGAAAGAUGUGCUGUUGUGGUUCGCUAGUAGAAAAUCACCAUCUCCUGAAUUAACGGCAGCAUUGCAAAAUGCAAUUGUUGAAUUGGAAACUUUGCAAGCCAAUCAAAAUUUGACUGGAAACGAUGAUGACUUCGCGCGAAUAGUUUGGCUAGAGAGAGCUCAACAGAAAGUUAAAGAUCUAGAGAAACAAAUUUAUGAUAGCCGCAACAUGGGACAAAUGCGUAACGCUUUUAGUGAGUUAAUAAUAAGUUACGCGCUAAAGGCUACGUUAUGUCUUGUGUUAAUUAUAAUUUCAAUUAAAUAUCGUCACAAUCCGGUAUUAAUAUUUGGUGAACAAAUCAAUUUGUAUCCUUUGAAAGGAAUUUUAAGUUUUCCUACAAACGUACCGAACGCCAUAUCAGUUCCAGCAUGGAUAUUGUCGUGCAACGUAUGCUGCAAUUUAUUGAAUGAAUUUAUUUAUGAUAAAUACGUUGGAUUUGAAAAAAAAAAUAAUUUGUAGUUGAUUGACGUGCAAACAAUGUACACAAAAUAUUAUAAAUAUUCCAAAAUAUUAUAAAUACUCCAAGUAACAUAUAAAGUUUAUCUUUAAAUCCAUACCGCAAAAAAAAA